UUUCAGUAUGGCUCCGUUGAUGCACCAGGAAAGUCGUGCUAUGAUAUAUUCACACAAAGAUCAGAAAAUUGUCGAACUGAUGGAAUCUAUUGGAUAUCUAUCAAUCAAACAUCAUGCAAUGCCGAGAAUGCAUUCCCAGUAUUUUGCGACAUGAAAUCAAGAGGAUUUACAAUGGCUUUCAAGGUCGUUUCUGGAGAAAAUAUAAAUCAAACUGCUGGUAAAUUUUGGAAGCAGGACGCACCAUCAGAAGAAACAAGCUUAGAAGCUCUAAAUAAACUCAAUUUGUACAAGAAAUAUUAUAAAAAUCGAAUAGUCACAAUGAUUAACUGGAGCAAAGUUCAACCAAAAGAGACUGUUGAACAAAAAUCAUCUUGCAAGGGUACACAAAAUAGUACAAAAUAGUACCCAUUUCAAAGGGAAAACGGUAAAGUAAAAAAUGUCAAAAUUGCAGAGUUCUUGCGAUAAUUCAUUGCCCAGUAUCAUUAAGAAUAGCUUUAUACAUCUAUCAUUAAAAAAGUUAAGUUAAUUUUUUGAGAGGCUACAAGUAGUUUUCUACUUCAUAUGCAUGCAUGGAAAUAGAAUUUAAGCAACUACAAAAUUUGUCAAGCAACUCUGGUAGCUAAAAUCGAACAUUUAUCUAACAGCGCAAAGUGAAAAUGAUUUGAAGCAGUAGUCUUUUCAUUUAACUACAUGUAUAUGAUAAAGAGAAAACUUGAGACGACAAAAGGAAAAGUUCAUAAGUUCCAAUAGUCAAUUUGGAAAAGACAGCUCUGCUUUUGACAGAAUCUCGAUGUUAUCUCAAUGAGGAUCGUGAUGUCACAUAAAUGCCACAAACACAAAAUCUACAUCCAGUUCCGGCAUGGAUCCUGUUCUGUUUCAAUAUGGUCACACAGAACCUCUUUAGCAAUUUUUAUUUUAAGACACCAUACAAAAAAACACCGGUGUUUUGUAAUUGUCGUUAUAAUUGUGCAAAUUCCUUUUAAAAAAACUUGAUAAAUACAAGCCUCCUAUAUAUUUUUCUAGAAGUUUGGAUUUUAAAACUAUUGUCACUUUUCAGUUGAUCAUUGAGCAUUAGAUAUGUCAUGAGUCGACUCCUCAAUGAUCGGUUAGCACAUAAAUUUAUGAGUUGUACUAAGUUUGAGUGCUUAUGAUUUCUGAAUUUUCUUGCAUGAUAGCGUGAGACUAAUAGAAUAUUGGUCAAGGACCAGUGUAAUAGUUUGUAAUGUUUUGUAAUGUGCUUCAUUUAACGGAAAUUAAAUUUGCAAGGGUCGAGUUUA